CCUUCUCUCGCCUGUCCCUGUACAUCACCGUCGAGGAGAGGGGUAUAAAAUGGAGAACCCUCAAACAGAAGCCGGCAGCACCGCGCUGCUUGCAAUUGCAGGCUGUUACGGCGAUCGAUCCUGAGAGAGGCGCCAUGAAUUUCUUUAAAACUGUCUUCUCCGAUGAGCAUCUUCCAAACCCAAAAGGGAAAGAAGAAGAAAACGACGAAGAUGAUGCGGAAGAGAGGCCUAUUCUUAAUGCUAACCCCAAGGAGGGAGCGGAAGGGGAAGGGAAGAGCCAAUCUACCUCGGAUCCAGACGCCACUUCUGCUGCGAGGUCAACCAGUUGGGGCUUCGGCUCCCUCUUGAAGACAAUCACCACCAGAUCGGAGCAGGUGAUGGAGUCAUACCGCCGAGACCUCGAGGAGUUCCGCGCUGGGCUCACCCAGGAGACGGCGGCCGCCGCCCGAGCCGUCGUCGCCAAUCUCCCCCGGUCGUUGGAUGACGGCGCCUCGGUCGCCCAGGAGUCCCUCGAAUCCGUCGGCCAGGCUAUCGACGUCGUCUUCAAGGGUACGGCCGACCUCAUAUCCCAUGGUAAGGAGGCCCUUCUCUCUCUGGACAACCCCGCUUCUGCUGCUACUACGGCGUCGAGUUCUAGUACCAAAAAAAUCAGUAGGUUUGAGAUGGAAUUACACGCCAUUCAGUGCGAUCAGACCACGUACUGUGAGGAUCCCGACGACGUUGAUGAGUUUAAUAAGUGGAAAUCAGAGUUCUGUCUGCUAGAGAAGGGGGAGGAGAUUGAAGAAUUGUUACAGGAGAAUGUGAUUGUUAGUGGGUUCUUCGCGAAAUUGGUGCCCAAAAAUGUCGAUUCGAAUGCUUUCUGGAGUAGGUAUUUCUUCAGGGUCCACAAGCUCAAGCAAGUAGAGGAAGCUAGAGCUCAUCUUGUAAAGAGGGUGAUUUCUGCGGAUGAGGAUGAGGAUCUGAGUUGGGAGGUUGACGACGAUGAUUAUGAGGAAGAAUCACAUAAGAAUGAUGUUAAGGACAAGAAGGAAGCUAAGGAUGAUGAUGUUGGUUCAGAAAAUAGGGAUGCGACCAUUGUAAAAACAACUAAGAUUGGUAGUGACUUGGAAGAGAAGAAACUGGGUACGGAGUCGAUCCUUGAGAGUAAGGUUCUCCAGACUCCGAGCAAUCCUAGACACGGUGAGGAUCCUGAGUCCUGCGGGAAGGAUACUGAAAUAAAGGACGAUCAGUUGGCGGAGGAGAGCAGGGCUUCUGGUGGUAAGGCAUCAGGAGGAGCAAAAUUAGGUGCUGGGGAAUCGGGUAAAGUUGAUGAGUCUUCAGUUAUGGACAGCCAAGUUUCAGUCCAGGAGGAAGAUGAGAUUGGCUGGGAUGAGAUUGAAGAUAUUGGCAGCGGUGACGAGAAGAAAAUGGCUACUAGUGGUGCAAGCCCAAACAAGAUUGAUAUCCGCAAGCGGUUGACCAUUGCAGAUGAUGACGAAGAGCUCAGUUGGGAUAUUGAAGAUGAUGAGGAUGCUGUUGCAACUAAGCCUUGACUAAAAUCUCAAUGAGAUUGCAGUUGUGUUGCUAUGAUGUUUUCUAUGGUGUCUUUUCCUGGAACUCCUUCAAAUGAUUAUUCGGUUUCUCAUAUAUGUAUAUACUUUUAUGUAUAUGUUAAUAACUGUUCAUUUAA